AUGCAUGCGCCUACAGCUGCAGUUGUCAAGGCAAAUGGAUUGCCGUAUUUCACACCGGCCAACAAUGCCGGCGUUGCCCUUAGCGAGGACACCAGCUCGCUGCCCACGCUCUUUCGUCCCUUCAAGAUCCGCGAUUUCUACUCGAAGCACCGCAUAAUUGUCUCACCCAUGUGCAUGUACUCCUGCGAUCCAGACCCAAACUCACCGAGCAUUGGUGCUUUCACAGACUUCCAUGUCGCCAGCUUAGGCCAUCUUGCUCUCAAAGGUGCUUCGCUAAUUUUCACCGAAGCCCUGGCUGUGCAGCCCAACGGGCGCAUUUCGCCAACAGAUGCGGGCCUGUGGCAACAUGGCACCGACUCCGCGCAGUUCACCGGUCUCAAGCGCGUUGUGGACUUCGCCCAUGCGCAGGGAGCCAAAAUUGCCGUGCAAUUGGCCCAUGCCGGGCGCAAAUCAAGUGUGCACGCGCCGUGGGUUGCUGCUGCAAAUGGAGUGCGCAGUUUGUCAGCAGGGACCGAGCAUUUCGGCUGGCCGGAAAAUGUGGUGGCGCCAACAGGAGGGCCAGAGUUCCUUUGGUCCGCAAGCCCGGAGGACAGGCAAUAUCAUAUUCCACGAACCCUGGCAGUCGACGAGAUUAAGGAAAUAGUGGCGGCUUUUGGAGCAUCCGCUGCAACAGCAGUCAGGGCAGGUGUCGAUGUGAUUGAAAUUCACGCAGCUCAUGGCUAUUUGAUCCACCAGUUUCUGAGCCCGGUGACCAACAAGCGUACAGAUCAAUAUGGAGGAUCUUACGAGAACAGAACGCGCUUUCUACGAGAAGUUGUAGCGGCAAUUCGGGCUUCGAUACCAUCAGGCGUACCGCUUUUUCUGAGACUCAGCGCGUCAGAGUGGCUUGAGGAGUCUGAGUUUGCCAAAGAGUCUGGUAGUUGGGAUAUUGAAUCAACAAUCCGGUUGGCCAAAGAACUCCCGAGCAUAGGAGUGGAUUUGAUUGAUGUCAGCUCCGGUGGUAACAGUAGACACCAGAAAAUCGAACCGCACACGGACUAUCAGAUCCGGCUGGCUGCUCGAGUACGCAAGGAACUGCACGCAGCCGGCGUCACUAAUCUUCUCGUCGGCGCUGUUGGUUUGAUUAAAACUGCUGAAGUGGCAAAGGAUAUCGUUCAAGGAGCUGACGGUGCACAAGAGCUUGUCAAAGAUGAGGCUCAUGCCGCGGAGUCUCUUCUCCGCGGCCCCGAGCCCCAAGCAGAUGUCGUUUUUGUGGGGCGCCAGUUUUUACGUGAUGCGGCAUGGGUGCUCAAUGUGGCCAAGGAGUUGGGCGUAAAGGUUACUGUGCCGAAUCAGUUCGGUCGAGCUCUAUGA